AUGUCUCUAGUUAGCACUCCAAACCGUAGAUCUGACAUUUACUCUAUAGGGGGUGAUGGAGGUAUCGGUGCAGCAGCGAGCAUCGCGACCUUGUUCCAAGUACUGCUCUCUUGUUACAACUUUUGGGAACAGUAUCGCGGCCUUGGGAAAGAGCCUGACACUAUUUUGAAUACCCUCAAGAUCCAAGAAGCCCAGUUCACACUCUGGGGCGAAAAAUGGAAUCUCGAAGCAGAGGAACAACUAAAGGCAAUUGAGCUUCUUUCUAAUGACAGACCCCACGAUGAAGGCAGGAGUGAAUUGGAGGAAUUGAAGAAAACCGUCUCCAAGGACUUUUGGGAAACGUCGCUGGCCAUGGAGUUGAUUGAAGAUGGCUUAGAAACUCUGCAAGACUUUGAGCAUGGCAACCCACUCGAGCGACGCCAACGUACCCUCAUGAUUCGCAAAUGGAUUUGGGAGAGGCAAAUCUAUUAUGGCAAUGAAGACGACCUACCUCACAAGUGCGAAACCCAUCGCGCAUGUAUCUCAGCUGUUUCCUCGCAGUUGCACCACAUUCAUUAUACUCAAUACACUAGAACCUUCAACAUGGCGAAUCAAGUCCUCUUGGGUUGA